AACCUCCCCCUCUGAGCUGGGCUGGACUCUGGUAGGCAACAUUUACCAGCAGUGACAGCAUGAGCAACGAGCUCCAAGAAGCUCACACGACCUCAGCAUGAAAUCCGGCGUGGAGCACCUGUUCGACGAACUCGGCCACUUCAAAAGGUUUCAGGCCUGCCUCUACUUCGCCGCUGUUUUCCAGGCCACAUCAUGCGGGAUUCACUACCUGGCCUCUGUUUUCUUGGUGGAGACACCAAAGUUUCUUUGCAAUGCUCCUUGGAACAUCACUGAUAUCCUGUACAGAAACCACUCAGCAAGCUCGCUAGAGGAGAUCUGGCCAUUUUAUACUCCUGGAAAUGGGCCAGUGGUGGUGCGGACAGUUAACGGAGAGCAGUGGGAACUUGGACCCUGUCGCAAAAUGCUGCGUCACUACACCCAAGGCUUUCAGUAUGAGUUUAUUGGCAAUAAAUCUGUGGAGUCAUGCAGUGGCUAUGUGUUUGAUCAUAGCCAGGUGGAACAGAGCAUUGUCACAGAAUGGGACCUGGUGUGUGAGAAGGAAUGGCUUGCCAAGCUUACACAGCCUACCUUUAUGCUGGGAGUCUUGAUCGGGGCACUGCUGUUUGGAGACGUCGCUGAUAGAGUUGGCAGACGUCCCAUUCUGAUGGCCACCAGUGUGUGUCAGUUUGCAUUCGGCAUCACUGUGGCAUUUACAGGAAACUAUUACAUUUUCAUGAUCAUGCGGUUCCUGCUCGCCAUGGUGUCAAGCGGCUAUCUAGUCGUGGUUUUUGUGUACGUUACGGAGUUCACAGGCAGUAAAGUGCGGACGUGGACGUCCAUGCACGUGCACGCAGCAUUUGCGGUAGGCGUCAUGGUAGUAGCACUGGUGGGUUACCUGGUCCGAGUCUGGUGGCUCUACCAGGUCAUCCUCACCCUCAGCACCUCUCCCUUCCUCCUGUACUGCUGGAAGUUCCCUGAGACGCCCUUCUAUCUGCUGGCCAAAGGACGGCACCAGGAAGCCCAGGAGCUCUUGGAUACCAUGGCCCGCUGGAAUGGACUGGAGCCCAGACUGAAGGUGUCGGAGCUGAUAGAGGAAAGUGGGAACACACUUCUGAAGGACAGGCAGCGAGAUGACAGGAGGCUGGAGGAACGAGAGAAGAAGCUGAGCAUCCUGAACAUGUUCGGCAACUGGAAGAUGGCUGGACGCAGCGCCACAUGUUGGGCGAUCUGGUUCGUCGGCUCACUGGGUUACUAUGUGUUCAGUCUGGGCUCUGUCAACCUGGGUGGAAAUCAGUACAUCAACCUCUUCUUGGCUGGUGCUGUUGAACUGCCAUCCUACCUAAUUGGCUGCUUUGCGAUGGACCGGGUUGGGAGGAAAAUGACGUGUGCGCCAGCGCUGCUGCUGAGUGGAGUUGCCUGCAUGCUCAUCAUUGCAGUGCCUCAGGACUCUGAGAUUUUGGCUGUCGUCUUGAGUAUGACAGGGAAGUUUGCCAUUGCCAUCGCAUUUGGCCUCAUUUACUUGUACACAUGUGAGCUGUACCCAACAAUCAUCAGGUCACUUGCGGUGGGAAGUGGUAGUAUGUCAUGUCGGAUUGGAAGUGUGGUGGCUCCCUUCUGCGUUUACCUUGCAGACAUCUGGGUCUACCUGCCUCAGCUGAUCGUGGGUAUCCUGGCUUUUAUCAUCGGAAUUUUGACCUUCUUCCUGCCGGAGACCCUGGGAGAGCCGCUCACCUCCACCUUGGAGGAGGCAGAGGCUCUGGGCACAAAGUCAAGCAAGAAAACAAAAGACAUUGAGAUACAAAUGAACCUGGCUGACAGCAAGGCCUGAGUCAAAAGAGAGUGAAGUAAUCAGGAAUUUGCUUCAGCUUCCUACUGCUGGUUGCACAUUCUACACAACACCAUAUAAGGGGAUUUUUAGCAAUAGAUUUGUUCAGGAAGACUACUGUCAUUGAAGAAGAAGACAAAAAUGCACCAACAGCAUCAACUGUGGUAACAAAAGCAAAAAUCACUGUGAAGGACUUCUUUUGUUCUGUGCAGCACAAUUAAUGUUUUGACCUCAGGUUCUGUACUCAACUUUGCAUAACUGGCCUGUCAUGGUGAAUCUGUGAUUUUUAAAAUUUUUAGGGGUCCAGGUUCUUUUUUUCCAUUCUUCUUUGUCUUCUUCCCUACUGAAAAAAACAGGUGGCCAAAUUUGGUGGAUUUGAUAGAAAGGUUCAGCGCUUCCUUUCACUGGGUUGUGACCAAAUUUGAAAGAUGGCAAGAUAACUGUAGUCUGAGGAGGCAUGUGAAAAAUUGGUUUAAAUUGGAUAUAGAGUUUGCUAGGAUGGGCUAAAAUAUGCUGCUCUGUUUUAAAAUUAUUUUUAUAGCCACAACUCUUUAAGUUGAACAAUAUGUGUCUAGUUUAUAGUGCUACAAGAGUAAGUGGGAAGCGUAGUUCCAGUGUUUGGUACACUAGAUAGAUUUGAAUCUCUCAUGUCUAUCUCAUACAGAAGGAACUGUCUUGCAGAUAAAACUGCUGCUGUUGUAAACAAGUGCUGACAAUCAAACAUUUUCUAGUGCUGCAAACCAUUUUGAAGUAUAUUUCAUUGCAUGAGGUCACAAGCAAUCAGACUGUGCGCACACUGGAGCUGUCUUAAUUGGAGCUGAAAUGUCUAGAAUCAAGACAGUGACAAAUAUGACAGAUAUUUUAUAUGUGUCUGAGAUUUUAUUUUGCCAAAUUGUAUGUGAAAUAAGUUUCUUUUUAAAUACUUUGUGUGUAGAGAGCAAUGAAAUAAGCUAUUUCGUUCUGCAAAAGAACUUAAUGUCAGUGUCUUGCACAUGCCCCGGAUGGACCAAAGAGUCUGUGACUGGACUAAAGUGCAUAAAGGUUUCUUAACACUUGGUAUUGUACAUCCUCUGGUUUUCAUACCAGAGCCUUUGUUUAAAGGAUAUUAUGAAGAGUAUCACUGGUAUUUUGUUACAUUUCAGGCAUGAAGUAAUGCAUAUGUUAUUCAGAUGUAUUUUUGUACUGUUGGCUUUUCCAAGUGUUUCUUCAGUACAAUGAAACAAUAUAAUGGUGGGAAUUAUUUGAUUUAA